AGUUCCUUAACGCUCCGUGACGAUCACAGAAUUGUAGGUCUUUUCUACAGAAAUUCGAUCUCAAUUCGAAAAGUUAUUUGUUGGUUUUGAGUAUCUGUGAACAAGAUGAUCUGCUCAGUCAAGCAAUCAACUGCUGCCCUUGGCGUUCCCGAUCUCUUACGGCUACGGCCCAAGGCAUCAGGACUGCGUCCGCAAUACUGUUUGCUUCCAUCUAUGCCAGCGCCAAAAGGCUCCAACUCCAUCUUCUCUGCUCGGAAACCCCUGUAUGUUUCAUCCGUCGAAGCUUUUGGAUCUUCAGAGGCUGUCAGCCCUCGCAAGCCUAUUUUCGAAUGCAAAGCCGCUGAAGCUGAUCAAUCACAACCACUGGAUGCCAAUGUCGAACUACCUGACAAAAAGGCAGCCACUGGUCCGAAUCUGAAAAUCGGUUUCUAUUUUGCGACUUGGUGGGCUUUGAACGUUGUCUUCAACAUAUACAACAAGAAGGUCCUCAACGCGUAUCCGUUCCCCUGGCUCACCUCCACACUGUCUCUCGCAGCGGGAUCGCUGAUUAUGUUGGUAUCCUGGGUUUUGCGGAUUGCUGAAGCCCCUAAAACUGACUUGGACUUCUGGAAAUCUCUCUUUCCGGUUGCGGUGGCACAUACCAUCGGACAUGUAGCUGCGACUGUGAGCAUGUCGAAGGUUGCGGUUUCGUUCACUCACAUCAUCAAGAGUGGUGAACCUGCUUUCAGCGUCUUGGUUUCGAGGUUUCUCUUGGGUGAAUCUUUUCCCGUGCCGGUGUAUCUGUCGCUUGUGCCAAUUAUUGGUGGUUGCGCUCUUGCCGCUGUCACAGAGCUUAAUUUCAACAUGAUAGGGUUUAUGGGGGCUAUGAUAUCAAAUCUGGCGUUCGUGUUUCGAAACAUUUUCUCGAAGAAAGGGAUGAAGGGAAACUCAGUCAGUGGCAUGAACUACUACGCUUGUCUGUCCAUUUUGUCUCUGGUGCUUCUCAUACCCUUCGCGAUUGCAGUGGAGGGUCCGCAACUGUGGGCAUCGGGCUGGGAAACAUCUCUCGCACAGAUUGGACCCCAGUUGAUUUGGUGGUUGGUGGCACAAAGUGUGUUCUAUCACUUGUACAAUCAGGUUUCAUACAUGUCCCUGGAUGAGAUCUCACCCUUGACGUUUAGCGUUGGAAACACGAUGAAGCGAAUUUCUGUCAUUGUCUCCUCCAUCAUCAUCUUCCGGACACCUAUCCAACCCGUCAAUGCUCUUGGAGCUGCCAUUGCAGUCUUCGGAACCUUCCUUUAUUCCCAGGCUAAAUAGUAGGGUUACGGGAGCAAGAAACUUGGCUUGUUUCCUUAAAUCAGUGUGAAGGAGAAAGAUGGUCUUGUUGAGAUUGCUGAAGCUGUUGAUAAUAGUUAUUUGAUGGCCCAAGAAUAUUGGGAUUUUGGUCGGUUGGCCAACAGAGUUUUUUCUUGUAGAUAAAAUAAGAAAGAUUAAUAGUAAUUGUAUUACUAAACAGGUGGAUACAUAGGUAGUAAUUUCUUCUUUUUCCUUUUCUGGUUUGUGGGAUUUUGGACAAAGCCUUUUGUUCAGUGAAAAAUUAAUAAACUCCAGAGAUGUGCCUUUUUGAGGGAAUUAAUAAAUUUGUUUUGGUGAUUCAUUCACAUUCAAAUUA